AAUCUUAUAAUAAUACUAGACCUCUCCAAUCUUAUAAUACUACUAGUAUCUUUAAUUCACAUUCCACAUACUGUAAAUUAUUCACAAAAUAUAAGAAAAUUGCAUCUCUUUGCCUAUCAUAAUACACAAAGAAAGUUGCCAAGAAUAGGUUAGUGUAACUAAAUCAACAACAUGGUUUGGAAAAUAAAAAAUGAUAAAUACUUAUAGACCAAUGAGUUUGAUCAUCUUCGUCUUUCAUCUCCACCAACGCAUUUUCUCUGUUUCAUCAAACAAUUGAAACCGACGCUAGCCUCAAACAGCCCCUAAAGCAAAGCAGAGCCGCACACAGAAAUUAGGGCAAUCUUCCAAUUCGAUAAUGGUAUAUGGCAGCAAUCCGCAGCCCGAGAAUGGCUAAGAUGGAAUCCAAUCAGCUAAACCAGCUGAGGGACAUCUUCGCCCGGUUCGACAUGGACCACGACGGCAGCCUCACGCUGCUGGAGAUGGCCGCCCUCCUCCGCUCGCUCGGCCUCAAGCCCUCCGGCGACCAGAUCCACUCCCUCCUCGCCACCAUGGACGCCAACGGCAACGGCUCCAUCGAAUUCGACGAGCUCGUCGGCGCAAUCCUCCCCGACAUCAACGAGGUGGUGCUCCUCAACCAGGACCAGCUCAUCGAGGUCUUCCGCUCCUUCGAUCGCGACGGCAGCGGCUACAUCACCGCCGCCGAGCUCGCCGGACAGAUGGCGAAGAUGGGGCACGCCCUCACCUACCGCGAGCUCAGCGAAAUGAUGCAGGAGGCCGACGCCAACGGCGACGGCGUCCUCAGCUUCAACGAAUUCGCCACCAUGAUGGGCAAAUCUGCAGUCGAAUUUCUCGAAUCGUCUUCUUCCUCCUAGGGUUUACUCAUCUUAGUUUUUUUUAAAAAAUUGAGGGAAGUGAAUGUGGCUGGCAAGGAUGGUGUAUGACCAACUAAUUCAUCUUGCUAAAUGCGAUCUAUGAAUUACUAUUGGAUUUUCUGUCGUCA